CGAUGACCGGAUAAUGAAAAUGUGGAAUGGCAAAUCAGGUGGUGAAAUGGCUGGCACAAAUUGGUACCACAAGCAGAAUUCCCAACUCUUACGCCACAAUUAAUAAGAACACCAUAGCAAUACAGAGGAUACAUUUGCGGUGUUUGAGUAGCAGUAAUGAAAACAACAACACAAGAUACUUGUAUUUCAGCGACGAAGAAUUGAUAAAACAAUGUGAGAUGGACACUUACAAGUCGUCGGGACCUGGUGGUCAGCACCGUAACAAGCGUGAGUCCGCCGUCCGUCUCAAGCAUCUCCCCACCGGUAUUAUCUCUCAGGCCGCCGAGGAUCGUUCCCAGCACAUGAAUCGCGCUUCGGCUUUGCGUCGCCUUCGUACUCUUUUAGCGCUCAAACUUAGGAACCAUUUGGAGGUUGAAGGGUAUUCGCCUCCUCCUGAGCUUCUUCAGAUUCUUCCUGCUAAGUCUACGCUUAGACCCUCGAAUAUUGGUCCACAGAUUGGUCCUAAUAAUCCUAAAUUUCUUUUGGGAAUGCAAGCAUUGCUUGAUCUUAUCUUUGCUGUUGAGGGUUCUGUAUCAGAUGCAGCUAAAUUGCUCGGAUUAAGUACAGGAGCAUUAUCACGAUUGCUACUUUCAGAUGACUCUCUCCGUUUGGCUGUUAAUGAGUUGAGAACUUCUAAGGGUUUGAAGCCUCUAAAAUAAAACUUCGAAUUCUUUAGCAUGGCGACUUCUUGUUGGCUUGACUUAUUGAGAUGGCUUUUCACUUGAUUGGUGGCUAUUGAUAAUUUCGUCCAAAAACAAAUUUAUGGACGGUUUUAGCGACAAAAAUCUGGCUGUUUUCUAGUAGUGUAAGCACAAUUAAUUACUGAAUUCUAGAUAUAAUAGUAUAACCUGGUUUGUGAGUAGCGUUGUAUUGUCUUGCAUGAUAUUGCUAGGGUUACUCCAUUGUUGCACAUGAUGAUCAUCAAUAGAAGGAUUAUUCAAGUCUA